GUGCGCGGCACAUGUGGAAGGGGAUAAACACGAGAAUGUGUGUUUUACGGUAGGCUAAUUAUUUUUAUCAUUUAGCUAUGAAGUAGGUCUUUUCAGCGUUAUUUGAAUGAUCAGUGAACGAUAGAUUAUCAGUGUUUUUUAUUGGAAUGAUUCGAGUUGGCAUGCAUACACGCCAGUAGAUCGUUUUUUUUCAUUCGUAGGUACCUACUUGACGCGACUUGGAAGUUGACUUGAGGCAAGGCCGUAGACUUGAAGCUAUAUACCUGAUUAGAAUAUGCCGAAAUCACGGAGAGAUCGGACAGUUGCCCUGACUAAAACCACAAGUCGCAAGGGUUCAGACACCAAAGCAAAGCUAAUAGAUGAUGUACGACAGUGUGCGGACGACUAUGCCCGCCUCUUUGUCUUCUCUGUGCAGAACAUGCGCAAUGAACGGUGGAAGGAGCUGCGUGCUGAAUGGAAACACAGCAGGUUCUUCUUUGGAAAGAACAAGGUGAUGGCACAUGCUUUGGGAAAGACUGAGGACACUGAGCACAGAAAGAAUUUGCACAAGAUCUCGGAGCUGCUGGUUGGUCAGUGUGGGCUGCUCUUCACCAACAAGGAGAAGGAGGAGGUGUACGAGUGGUUCGGCGAGUUCAGCUGUCCAGAGUACGCCCGCUCCGGCAACGUGGCUACUGAGACGGUGGAGCUGGCCGAGGGGCCGCUCGCGCAGUUCCCCCACAGCCUGGAGCCGCAUCUGCGGCAGCUCGGGCUGCCCACCACGCUCAAAAGAGGCGUGGUUUCCCUAGUAAAAGACCACGUGGUGUGCAGAAAAGGAGACACGCUGAAGCCAGAACAGUGCAGAAUACUGAAGCUGCUGGGCCAGCAGCAGGCCGAGUUCCGCGUCACCCUGCACGCCGUCUGGACCAGCGGCGGACAGCUGGAGGUGCUCACGCACCAGGCCGCCUCGGACGCCGCCUCCGCCUCAGACGAGGAGAUCUCCGACCUGGAGCCGGACGCCGAGUGAGGCGCCGCGCGGGACUCAGCCGGUCGGCUGACCGCUGAGGCUGAGGAUGAGGCAGGAGAGGAUCAGACGUCACACUUGGAUCUGCGGGCGGGCCGGGCUGACCAACAGACCAUCUACAUGCAACUGUGCCGGUGUCUUGUUCAUGGCUCAUGAUGAUGAAUAGUUGUUGAAUAAACGAUGACACAGAAA